AACUUAGAUAUGCUUAAACAUCAACAAAUCCACACUGGACAAAAAACUUAUCAAUGUCUGGAGUGUGGGAAAUCUUUUAUUCGAAAAACAAGUCUCAAAAUCCACGGGAAAAUUCACAUGGAAAUAAAACCUUAUAAAUGCUUCAAAAUCCACACUGGGGAAAGACCCCAUGAAUGCCCGGAAUGUGAGGAACGAUUUGGGCAUUCUUCCGCACUUUGGACACACCAAAAGACGCACACGGGAGAAAAACCCUAUAAAUGUAACGAUUGUGAGAAAUGUUUUUCUGUAAAGGGAAGACUUUUUCAACAUCAGAUAAUCCACACAAGGGAGAAACCCUAUGAGUGCAUUGAGUGUGGAAAAUUUUUUCGUUCGAUAUCAAGCCUCAGACAUCAUAAGAAAAUUCACAGAGGGGAAAGAAAUUUCAAAUGUUUAGACUGUGGGAGAGCAUUUAUUCAUUCAUCUCAUCUUAGAAGUCACUGGCAAGUCCAUAUAGAAGAGAAGCCCCAUAAAUGCUCGAAGUGCGAUAAAUGUUUCUCUAGGAGACAUAGACUUUUGAUACAUCAGAGAACCCACAGUGGAGAGAAACCAUAUAAAUGUCCGGAGUGUGGGAAGUCUUUUCCUUGCCAAGAAUAUCUUAAAAAACACCAGACGAUUCACACAGAAAAGCGUAUCAGGUCUAAAGAGAAAAAUGAAAUGUGCUCAGAAUGUGGGAGAUGUUUCUCCCAAAGGUCACACCUAAUUCGACAUGAGAGACUUCACACCGGAGACAGGCCCUAUCAAUGCCCAGAAUGCGACAAGCGAUUUGUGGAGUCUGCUGAACUCCGGAGACACCAGAGGGGGCACACAGGAGAGAAGCCCUAUAAAUGUGGGGUUUGUGCGAAAGGUUUUCUUACAGUAACACUGCUUCGAGUUCAUGAGAGAAUCCACACUGGGGAGAAGCC